UAAUAGACGCUGUUGGCCGUUUCUAUCAUGCUCCCCACCGCAUUCUUGAGUUUACAUUUUAUCCAACAAUGCCCGCCGAAUACGUCUUGACGAACGAUGCUCCCCCUCCCUUGCCAGGAAUCUACACACAAGCGGUAAGGGCAGGCAACUACGUUUACACAAGCGGGUCAGUUGGCAUGACCAAGGAAGGCAAUAUGGUCAAAGGGACUAUUCAAGACCGAACACGGCAGGUCAUCCAAAACCUUGAAGCCGUACUCAAAGGCGCCAAUAUGAAUCUCUCUAACGUCGUUAAGGCCAAUAUCUACCUCUCUAACUUAUCCAGAGACUUCGUAGCAGUCAACGAGGUCUGGAAAGAUAUCAUGCCCGAACCCAAGCCCGCUCGCACUUGCAUUGGAGUUGCUGAGCUACCCGCCGGUGGUACCGAUGUGGAGAUUGAGUUCGUUGCCUACGAUGGGUAGGAUGUCUCUGCAUACUACACCGAAAAGAAGAAAAACAAUGAGUGCCACAACGGCGAUGAUAAACACUUCUUGUUAAACCUUCCGUUAU